AUGGCCGGCACCACGGUGCUUCCGCCGUCUCUGCUCCCGCGUCGUAGCGCCGCCGCUGCCGACCUCCACUCCUGCUCCUCCCGCGUGCGCGUGAACCCCGCCUUGAUGGCCAACCCCGCGGCUGCCAAGAAGCCAAAGCGCCCCGGAUCCGUGCGCGACGUCCAACUGCCGCCGGCGAAGCGCGUACGCGGUGCCUGCUCCGGGGGCGAGCUCCACGUCGCGGUCGACAGCAGCAAGCUUCCGUGUCCCAGCAGCAGCAAGGAUCCAAGAACCAAGAACCAGGUCGCCGAAUCUCCGGAGAGCGCGACGCAACCGAAGCCGCAGAUGAGCAUGCGCGAACUGAUCGAGAAAGCUCGCCUCACAAUGGCUCGCCUCGACAAGGCUCGAUCUGCCUCCAAAGAAGAGGCCAGCCGUCGGCAGGAGAUCGAGCGCAGCAGAGCAGAGGCCCGGCGAAAGAUGGAGCAGAUGGCGGACACCGUGCAGUUCAACGACCCCUGGAUCCAUCACUCCGACGUGACCAAGUCCCCCGAGGAGCUGCUCCAAGCAAGACAGCAUGCAUGGCGUUAUCAAGCUCGCCUCCUCGAGAUGGCUCGUCGACGGGACUUUGCAUCAGAGGAAGCAAAGCAGAGGAAGCAGAGGAACCAAUUCCUUUCUUGA